AUGGGUUUACAAGGCAAAGGUAAGGUUAGUGUUGCCGUUAAGAAGAGACAAAGAGAUGAUGAAGUAGUUGACAAGAGUGGAAGUGAUAGUGAAGGAGGGGUCAGCAGUAGUGGUGUUGAGAGUGGAGAGGAUGAUGAUGAAUUGGAUCUUGACGGUGUGUCCUCCAGUGACGGCGAAGGUGAAGCUGAAGGUGAAGCUGAAGGUGACGAUGAGGAAGACGAAGACGAAAACGAAGCAGCCAGUGAUGAUGACUUCCCAAGAAAGAAGAAAUCAAAGAUCAGUAAACAUGAUGAUGGUUCAUCAGGGUUCUCUAGCGCUGUGAACGCUAUUUUAUCCUCACAUUUGAAAGCUUAUGACAGAAAAGAUCCUAUUAUGGCUAGAAACAAAAAAGUUUUAAAACAAAAUGAAUCAGAUAAGUUAGAACAAAAGGCUAAAAAACAAAUAGCAAAUGAAAAGAAGAAGAUUCUAGCAAAGGCUAGAAAGACUGAUAUUAUUCCAAUUGCUACUGAAGGUCAAUCUGGUGAAGAAGUAAGAAAAAUUCUGGAGAAAGAAGCAAGAUUGAGAAAGAUUGCUCAAAAAGGUGCUGUAAAAUUAUUCAAUGCUAUACUCUCUACUCAAGUAAAGACUGACCAUGAAAUUAAAACGUCGUUGACUGAUAUCAAGAACAAGCAAGAAAGAAAGGAAUAUAUCACUGAAGUGUCAAAGGAAAAAUUCUUGGAUUUAGUCAAAGCUGCUGGUGAUGACGAUGAUAUGUAG